AUGGAUCCAGAUUUACGACAACCUGGAACAUUCCGCCUUAAGCGAGCUCCAAUGAUCUUCAUGCGCCCAACAGUGAAGAAUAUUUUUCACCCUGAAGGCAGACAGCUUUUCAAUGAACUCUUGGGCGAGCUCGAAACUGGCAAACACACUGCGCCGAAAUCCCCAAUGACAGCGACAGCAGUUCAGACCUAUUUUAUUCAUAUUUUUAUUUUUACGAUCAGUCCUCGAAAUACAUAG